AUGGGUGCGACGAUUUCCACCUGUUGGGAGGCUAUGCCUCCAAUCGCAGAGCUCUUUCCUCCAACCCCUGUUGUUUACACUCAGGUUCUUUGCUGCUUUCAAUACUUCCCCCUGGUGACAGUGGCUCAAUGGAUUUUGUCAUGGCAUCCAGCAGGGAAGACAUCCUCCCAGUCAAUUUUCAACAUACCAGGACGCAUUGCAUGGUCUGCAAUGGAGAUCGUUGGCCCUAUCAACUUGAUCUACAGCCUGGUCACUCCAUCGCCACAUGCACCUUCAAUUGCUGAUCUCCCCACACCAAAUAUCCUUGUUGCAAGCCUCUAUUGUAUCCACUAUCUCAACCGGGCCAUCAUCUCCCCCUUUUUCUCUGCACCUAGCAUGUCCCCAAUUCACGCGUGCAUCAUGUCCUUCGCCAUGGUUUUCAAUUGGUUUAACUCUGCCUGUCUGGCCGGUUGGUUGCGUGGAUACACAGUACCCAAAAUUCCAACCUUCAUUACACCCAGUAGUGGAAAUCCGUUCCGCUCUUCGGUGGUAGAAUUCCUGCCCACCGUGGGUAUCGUUCUGUUCACUAUCGGGAUGGCCGGCAAUAUCUAUUCAGAGACCUCACUGUUUCGGCUUCGCCGCGAAGAAGCAGAAAGACGCACCUCCAAAAAGAAAGACGGAGACAGUACCUCAAGUGAAACGGGAGAUAAGAGUAACAAGUUCCACAAGGUCUACGUCAUUCCUCCUGCUCGCGGUGUCUUCCGAUACAUUUUGUACCCACACUAUGUCUUCGAGUGGCUCGAGUGGACUGGCUUUGCGCUUGCUGGUACAGCAGUAAUCCCUUUCUCGGCCCUUCCUGUUUCUGCCUCUGUGUCACUUCCGGUCAUCGCUCCACCACUGCGCCUUGCUCCUUGGCUGAUCCCCGCAGGAUGGGCAGCUGAUAAACUCGCUAUCCCGUUUCCUUUGCCUGCCGUGGUAUUUGUUGUCAAUGCAGUCACUAAUAUGUUACCACAUGCACGCUGGGGCAGGAAGUGGUAUGUUGAGAAGUUUGGGGAGAAAGCCGUUGCUGGCAGGGGUGCGGCGGUUCCUGGAUGUGCAUGGAUGUGA